AUGAAUUCGUCUCAGGUUCCCACUAGUCCGCCUAGCGAACUUGACAAUGCCAGGACCAUCGUAUACGAUCCGAAUGACCCGUUUUGGCGAGAUACCGAGGAUGAUGAUGAUGACGACAUGGACUUUCUGCCCGCAGAGGAAGGUCAUGAUGACGGUGAAGAAGGAGAAGGCGACUUAAGUUUUCAUGAUGCUGCUGAGCGACUGAGUAAUCUUAGUGGAGUUGAAAUUGCAUUUGAAUACACCGAUGACAAUGAUGAGGAAGAGGAGGAAGAGGAGGAAGAGGAAGAGGAUGAUGACGACGAAGAUGAAGAAGAUGAUGAAAACGAAGAGGAGGAGGAAGACGAUGUGGAACUUCCCCAACGACCAGUGAUGAUCACCCGCGACCAGAUCAUACAGUUACUUGGACACGCGGGACUAGGACGAAUAUUUGCCGCCGAUUUUUCACAGCGCUCCCUGCUGCGGCGACGCAGACUCGACGAUGAGGAAGAGGAUGAGGAUGAAGAUGACGAUAACAGCGACCCUGGCACUGGCUAUGACCCCGUUGUUCCUACAGGGACCUCUGGUAGAAGGCGCCGCCCUCGUGGCAGGGACUUGCUGGAAAAAGUACCCAGUGAACAGGGCAGACAACUGAUGGAGACGGGUACCUUUGGAUCAAAUCCUCGAAGAGAGGAUACGAUCAAGAGGAAAAAGAGGUUGGCCUACGAUAUCAUGAGGCGAGAGUUGGGUAUUGGUAGUGACGGACGACAGAAGAACGCUACAAGGCUUUUGAAGCAAGACAUGAUACCCGAAUCAGUUGCUGAUACCAUUAUUCACUAUAACGCACGGUGCUACUCGGGACAGUUCUCAGAUGACGGCAAUUUUUUCUUUUCCUGCGCACAGGACUUCAAAGUGCGCAUGUAUGAUACCUCGAACCCCUACGAUUGGAAAUACUACAAGACUGUGAGAUACCAUGGGGGACAGUGGACAAUCACAGACGCCUCACUUAGCCCCGACAACCGAUUUCUGGCUUACAGCUCAAUCAGAAGUAUCGUGAGCCUAGCACCUACAGAUCCUGAAGACGACUCGGAACCUCACAUGCUCGACUUCAACAACAUGGGUACAUCGAAUCCACGGGGCUUCCAUUCCCACUUUGGUAUAUGGUCAAUACGUUUUUCAGGCGACGGUCGCGAAAUUGUAGCUGGAACUGGAGAUAGCGCGGUAUAUGUCUAUGACAUUGAGCGAAGGCAAUCAGUCCUUCGCAUACCAGGUCAUCAUGAUGAUGUCAACGCAGUCUGUUUUGGCGAUACUCAAUCACCGCAUAUCCUUUACUCUGGAUCCGACGACACGACGCUCAAGGUGUGGGACCGGAGAAGUAUGGGAGAUGGCCGAGAAGCUGGUGUUUUCUUUGGUCAUACCGAAGGCCUGACAUAUGUCGACAGCAAAGGAGAUGGUCGAUAUGUGCUCAGUAACGGAAAAGACCAGACUGCAAAGUUGUGGGAUUUGAGAAAAAUGGUGUCCAAAGAGAAAGCUGAUACCAUUGAUCCAUACAGAUACACGACGCGCUUUGAGUAUCGAUCCAACGGCUACGACUAUGACGACUUCCGUCCACAUCCGCACGACUGUUCGCUUGUCACUUUCCGCGGGCACAAGGUCUUGAAGACAUUGAUUCGAUGUCACUUUUCGCCUCCUGGUAGUACGGACUCGCGAUAUGUGUACUCGGGUAGCUACGACGGUUCGGUGUACAUUUGGAACAUGGAUGCUACGCUUGCUGGAAAGGUCAAUGUGCUGAAAGCAACAAAGAAUUCACGACCGCGGGAUCCAGAUCUACUUGCAGGGACUUAUGACUACUGGGGUCGGAAUGAGGGCAAGUGGAUGACGUGUGUUCGUGAUGCGAGCUGGCAUCCCAAUGCGCCCAUGAUUGCAGCGACAUCUUGGAACGGCUGGGGUACCUCGCAAGGAACAUGCACAGUUCACACGUGGAAUGAUGGUGUUGAGGAUGAUGAAGCGGAACCCAAGGUUGGCCGCCGUGUCAAUGCACAACUACAGCAUGACGAGCGGCUGUACAAGAGUCACGAGGGCCGGUCGAGAAGACAUCCGGUUUGGUACGAGGACAUGAUGGACGAUGAUUGA